AUGGUCAUAACAUCACCACAACACGACUCCAGCUCUAGCUCACCACCAAAGAGGCUAUCCCCAGGUUUCCUUGUGUCCGUAUCAUAUCUCAUGGCUCUUUGUGCCAAGCAUGCAAGCCGUGUCUCAAGCAAGCUCAAAACAGCCAACAAGCCAACCUACAAGAACAACUGCAGCACCAUCAACAAGAGCCCAAGACACUCUCCAAGAUUGCCACUUGCAAGGCCAAAGCAGCUCUUGACACAAAUAAGCAACAAGGCCAUCACGUUGAUGCAUCUCCGGAGAAAGGAUGAUCAGGAAAACGUCGAUGUUCUUCUGGGUCCUGAUGAGUUUGGUGAUGGUGGUGUCUGGCAAAAGGCUAUCUUGAUGGGUGAUAAGUGUCAGCCAUUGGAUUUCUCAGGGGUAAUUUAUUAUGAUGGUAGUGGGAAGCAGCUCAACGAGGUUCCUCUAAAGUCCCCACGUGCCAGUCCCUUGCCCGCGUACUUGAUUCGUCCACCAAAAUAG